AUGGGCACGACAUUAAACCUGGAGGGAGCGAUCCCGCGAUCUGGUGGUCAGGACGCGAUCGAGGAUCUCGCGUCAAUCGUGAGAUCCUGCGGCAAUCCCCGCGACGCGCUUGCGAUCCACACGCGAAUCCUCGCCAGCGAACAGCACCGCCAGAACGUUUACCUCGCGAAUCUCCUGGUGGAGAUGUACGGCAAGCUGGGAAGCCCCGUACGCGCGAGGGCCGUCUUCGAUACCUUGAAUCCCCCGAAUAUCUUCUCGUGGAAUAUCCUCGUCGCGGCAUAUGCCCAGAAUGGGCAUGUGGAGGAGGCCAAGCGCGUGUUCGAUCUCACGCCACACAAGACGGUCGUCUCGUGGACGACCAUGCUCCAGGCAUAUACCCGGCAUGGGAAUGUCCAGCAGGCAAAGAUCCUCUUUGAUUCCAUGCCCGAUAGAAACGCCUUCUCGUGGACCAUCAUGAUGGCCGCAUAUUCCGAGAGAGGGGAUCUUCUUAACUCCAAGAUUCUCUUUGACAAGAUGCCGCGGAGGAACGUCGUCGCGUGGACUGCCAUAGUCAAAGUCUACGCCGAGAACGAGCAUAUUCCCGAGGCCAAGGAGAUGUACGAUACAAUGCCGCACAGGGACAUGGUGUCGUACAACGUGAUGCUCUCGGCAUAUGCCGGGACCGGGAAUCUGGCUCAAACAGAGGAUCUCUUUGAAAAGAUGCCCGAGUAUGACAUAGUCUCAUUUAACACGAUGUUGGGAGCUUACGUGCACGAGGAGCGUUUCGCUCGGGCAAAGAGCCUGUUUGAUCGGAUGCUUUACAGAAACGUAGUUUCUUGGAACACACUGUUGCGAGGAUUCGUCCAGGCGGGAGAGAUUGAGGAAGCGGCCUGUGCCUACGAGAGAAUGCCCGAGAGAACUGGAGUGACUUUCACGAUUCUCAUCGGAGCUUAUGCCCUGCUCGGUUACAUCAAGGAGUCAGAAAAGAUCUUCGAGCAGAUGCCUUACUUGGAUACAGUCUCGUGCAAUGCGAUGCUGGUGGGCUUCGCUCAAAACUCUCGGCUGGAGCAAGCGCUGACGCUCUUCCACAGCACGACGAUGUUGGAGCGAAACACCGCAUCGUGGAACACCAUCUUAGCAGCGCUCGCAAGCCAUGGAAACCUGGAAGCAGCGAGAAACCACUUCAAGACCAUGCCGGAGAAAGAUAUAGUUACCUGGACGACGAUGGUUGCCGCGCACUGUCACGCAGGUCACGGCCGAGAAGCGAUCAAGAUCUUCCGAGAGAUGGAGCAGGAAGGAUUCCGCCCAAACGAGUUCUCACUGUCCACUGUUCUAGCAGCUUGCAGCCGAGCCGGACUUCUCCACCAGGCCUGGCAGUACUUCGCCUCCAUGAGCAGUGCCUACAACUUAAAUCCUGCCGCUGAGCACUACAGUCCCAUGAUCGAUCUUCUCGGUCGAGCGGGACAGCUCCAGGAUGCUCAUGACUUGUUCCAUCAGAUCCCGCCGCUGCCCUGCUCGCUAGCAUUGGGUGGUCUUCUCGGUGCAUGUAAACUUCACAACGAUCUGGAAAGAGCAACACAAGCCGCUAGAGAUCACUCCCAACUUGAGGAAAUAGAAGAAGCUUUACCUUGA